UAAGCCCUAGUUAGGGUUCUUCGCGAGCUAUGGAUGAUGCGCAUGCGCGAUCCGUGAGCCAGGUGCUCGCGUAUUUUCGAGUGGAUCCGUCUCACGGUCUUGCGGAUUCCCAGGUGGAAGAAGCGCGAUCUCUCUAUGGAUGCAAUGAGUUGCCUCACGAGGGCGGUGCUUCUUUCUGGAAAUUGGUGCUCAAGCAAUUCGAUGAUCUUCUGGUGAAAAUAUUGAUAUUUGCGGCCAUUACUUCGCUCGUGCUGGCUGUUGUGGAUGGUGAAACGGGCUUCACGGCGUUCGUGGAACCAUUUGUCAUUCUGUUGAUACUGGCAGCAAACGCGACUGUUGGAGUCGUCACCGAGACCAACGCGGAAAAGGCUCUCAAGGAACUGAAAGCGUACCAAGCGGAUGUAGCAACAGUACUUAGAAAUGGACUGUUGUCGAUUGUGCCUGCUUCCAAUCUUGUUCCCGGAGACAUUGUCGAAGUCGCAGUCGGCUGCAAGGUACCGGCUGAUAUGCGAGUUAUCGAUAUGCUAAGCAGCAGCGCUCUCAGGGUCGAUCAAGCCAUCUUGACCGGCGAAAGCAGCUCCGUUGCUAAGGAGCUUGAAGAAAAUCCAGUCAUUAAUCCUGUGUAUCAGGAUAAAACCAGUAUACUCUUCUCGGGAACCAAUGUUACUGCCGGGCGUGCUCGGGCUAUCGUUGUCGCAACAGGUUCUGAAACCGCAAUGGGGAAAAUUCACAGUGCGAUGUCAGAAGUCACAGAGGAAAUGACUCCUUUAAAGAAACAACUUGACAAUUUUGGGGAGUUUCUGUCGAAGGUCAUUGCUGGCAUCUGUGUUCUUGUAUGGGUAGUUAACAUUGGCCACUUUCGUGACCCGGCUCACGGAGGCAUACUUCGUGGUGCCAUUUACUACUUGAAGGUACGAUUUACUGUAAACAUUACCGGCUUAACGCUCUUUCAGAUUGCUGUUGCAUUGGCGGUCGCUGCCAUUCCAGAGGGGCUUCCUGCAGUGGUGACUACAUGCCUUGCACUUGGAACCAAGCGAAUGGCUAGCCUGAAUGCAAUUGUUCGGUCUUUACCAGCAGUAGAAACGUUGGGCUGUACAACUGUUAUUUGCAGUGACAAGACUGGGACUCUCACAACAAAUAUGAUGUCCGUGACGAAGAUAUGUGUUGUUGAAUCUGCUGCAACAUUAUCCGAAUUCACUGUCACUGGUACAUCAUAUGCUCCCGACGGUGUGAUACAAAAUGCAAACAAUCAACAGAUUGAUUAUCCAGCGGCACUUCCAAGUCUUGUUCAAGCGGCAAUAUGCUCUUCUCUUUGUAAUGACUGCAGUAUUCAGUACAAUGCUGAGAAAGAUAUCUACGAAAAGAUUGGGGAGUCUACAGAAGUUGCUCUUCGAGUGUUCAGUGAAAAGGUUGGACUACCAGGUUUUGAUUCCAUGCCAACAUCAUUAUCGGUGCUUAGUAAACAGGAACGUGUUUCUUAUUGUAAUCGAUACUGGGAAAGAUACUUGAAAAAGGCCUUCGUAUUAGAGUUUUCACAUGACCGAAAGAUGAUGAGUGUUCUCUGCUCGAAUGACGAACGAACAGUUUUGUUGUCAAAAGGGGCUCCCGAAGUGAUUUUACAACGUUCAAGUUACGUGGUCUGUAACCAGGACGGCUCCGUGACAAAAUUGAGCCCCGAACUUAAAUUGUCUCUCGAGGAGAAAUUUCACAGUUUUGCUUCUCAGGAAACUUUACGAUGCAUUGCGCUUGCGUACAAGGACGUCCCUACUGGACAACAAACUCUAACCGAGGACGAUGAAAACGGUUUAAUUCUCAUAGGAAUGGUGGGGAUGAUGGAUCCCCCUCGACCAGAGGUUAAAGCAGCCAUUGCGACUUGCAAGUCUGCUGGUAUACGAGUUGUUGUCAUCACCGGGGACAACAAGAAAACAGCAGAAGCUUUAUGCCAUCGUAUCGGUGUUUUUGACAAGUCAGACGAUGUUUCAAGCAAAUCGCUCACGGCAGCAGAGUUUGACAGCCUGACACCUAUGCAGCAAGCUGUUGCUGUGCAAAAUUUGGUUCUUUUUUCAAGGGUAAAUCCGUCUCAUAAGUCUAUGCUUGUUGAUGUCUUAAAGCGUCACAAGGAGGUGGUCGCGAUGACUGGAGAUGGUGUUAACGAUGCUCCUGCUUUGAAACAAGCGGAUAUUGGAAUAGCAAUGGGCUCCGGCACUGCAGUGGCAAAGGGUGCUUCAGACAUGGUUUUAGCUGACGACAAUUUCGCUACAGUAGUUGCGGCAGUUGCCGAAGGAAGAGCAAUUUAUAACAAUACCAAGCAGUUUAUACGCUAUAUGAUAUCAUCAAAUAUCGGAGAGGUUGUCUGCAUUUUUGUAGCCGCUGCUUUGGGACUUCCCGAAACACUAAUUCCUGUACAACUUCUUUGGGUUAAUCUUGUGACAGAUGGAUUGCCUGCUACUGCUCUUGGAUUUAACAAGCAAGACCGUAAUGUCAUGAUGGCCAAACCUCGAAAGAUGGACGAAGCAAUUGUGAAUGGCUGGCUCUUUUUUCGCUACAUGGUUGUCGGCGCCUACGUUGGUUUAGCUACAGUCGGCGGCUUCAUAUGGUGGUUUCUGUAUCAUGAAGAGGGGCCUCGCUUGACUUGGAAGGAACUGGUUAGCUUUAACGAGUGCAAGGAUGGAACCAUGCGCUAUUCCUGUUCAGUAUUUCGAGAUCGUCACCCGUCCACAAUAUCAAUGAGUGUUCUUGUUGUGGUGGAAAUGUUCAAUGCCAUGAACAACCUCAGUGAAAAUCAGAGCCUCCUAGUUCUUCCUCCCUGGAGUAACAUGUGGCUGAUGGCUUCGAUCGGUGUUUCAAUGCUGCUGCAUUUUUUGAUCCUGUAUCUUCGGCCUCUGUCUCUGCUGUUUUCGGUGACACCAUUGUCCUGGGCAGAAUGGAAAGCAGUGUUGUGGUUUUCAUUUCCGGUCAUUCUGGUGGACGAAGUCCUGAAAGUGUUGUCAAGACAAACUAGAGCUAGGAAAUUUGGAUUAAGACGUAGAUCCGAGCUGCUGCUACCAAAGAGCCAGACGCGGCGGGUGUAAAGAGGGAAGAAAAUUCGUAAGCAUAUGCUGCUCUUUUGAAAUUGGCGUUAGGUCUUGUGUCCGCACAUCUGGACCGUUUAUCGCGAAGAAUCCGUCCGCCAUGGCGCUCAAAGGGCACCAAUGGAGACUAUUGGCGCAUUCAGCACUCCGUGGCUCCUUCGCUCCAUAGCGUUUUUACUCGAGAGGUCUUGCAGAGGCGACGAGUUUGAUCCGGUUCCUACCGUGGCUACCCCUGGCGCUGGUUUAGGGAGAGAGCUCUUUCAUCUCCAUGUAAAAAGAAGAGCGAUCAGAUGGUGUAGAAG